AUCGUGAUCAAAGAUGGAUCAGUUGCAUGUUCUCAUCAUCCUUCUCGUAGGGUCUGUUGCCAGCAGUCAAGCUCAUAUCUCUGGAUCAGAGUUGAAUCUGACAGUGAGACUAGGAGACAACGCCACUCUCUAUUGUGACUGCAAAUGUUCCACUGGAAUAUUUAUAGUGUGGUACAGGAACUGUUCUCAUGUGAACCAGCCAACGCUUGUUAUGAAGACAAGAUACCCAUCUGAACAAUUACAGCUAAGCCAUGAAUACAAAAACGAUCUGAAUCCUUUCCCUCGUUUCCACCUGGUGAAGAAUGAGUCCUCUGAAUCCUAUGACCUGCUGAUCAUGAACAUCAGUGACUCUGAUGAGGGUCUCUACUACUGUGGAACAGAAAAGGCCAACACAAAUAAUGCUAAUCACAAGGACAAAUUUAUACCUACAAAAUAUGGCAAUGUCACAAGAAGGAUUUUAACAUUUGAGUCUAAACAACAUGAGCCUGCUCAAAGCUGUGAUCUGUGCUGGACGCUGCUUUUCUCUCUGUGUCCAGCUUCCGCCGUUCUCUCCUCUCUCCUGUCGUCCAGUCUGGUCUAUCACUUCUGUAGGAGAACAGCUAAAGAACCAAAGGUCCACGAGGAAGGAUCUAAUUCCAGUGAGCGCACAAGAGGAAAUCAGGACGGAGACGUGUGUUACGCUGCCCUGGAGAUCCGACAGCCCACACAGAGACCAAAGAGGAAGAAAACACAGAGUUCUGACUUCAGCACCUAUUCUGACAUCAACACGUGCAGGUCGUAAAGUGUGAUGUUAUGGAACAUAAGAAAUCGUUUGACAGCUUUAAUAGUGGAGUUCUUUACGUUCUAUUGGAGCAAAUCAGUAAACCCACAGCCUCAUCCUCUGUCUGUGGUGGUGAUAUCUGAAGGGUGUGGACUAACAGCAGCGUGAGUCAACAUUUACAUUCAACCUAAUCUGCAUGUCUGUGGACAGGAAGUGACAACACACAGAAUAAACACCUGCACGUGUGAACUAUGAACAAUUUAACACCAUAUAUAAGUAUAUAUGAUUAUGCAAGACGCUGUUGAAACAGAAGUGACACGAGGACACAAAGCAACACGACAACAGACACAUUCCGCAUUUUUGAAGCCUUAUAAUACUGUGCUGAGUCUAUUUCUGUGGAGCAGAUACACUGCAUUGGUUUUCAGGUUGUUUUAUGACAAAU